AUGGCUUCUCGAAGCAAUUCUGUCGCGGUGCAGAACGCAAAUAUCAAGCAGCGGGCGGACAAGGUUGCGCAGCAGGUCGAGGCGGAGGCGACUUGGAUCGAGAAGAAGCUGAAGCCCAGCAAAGUUGCUGCGAGGUAUCCGAUCAAGGGAGCUGCUUUGCUUUAUGCAACAUGCGGGUUUGGAAGUUUGGGAGAUGCGCUGUUUGGUUACAACUCUGGUAUCAUGUCGGGUCUGCUCGUGAAUCCCGUCUUCGUGAAGCGUUUCUUCAGCGACUACGGCGGCGCGAACGGUAGCACGGCCGCUGUGAGCCCUUCUAUCACUGGUAUCUCGGUUGCUUGUCUUCAAGCGUCCGCUGCUGUAGGGGCUCUGGUUGCCGGACGACUCGGCGACAUCAUUGGUCGAAAGCGAACAGUUCGCCUCGGUGGCUUCAUUUACUUCUUCAGCGCUUUCAUCCAAAUCUUCGCUCCGGGCUUUGCCACUUUCGUCGCUGGUAGGACCAUUCAGGGUCUCGGUGUUGGCUUCCUCUCCAUGACUGUCCCAAUCAUCCAAACAGAAAUCGCCGCACCGCAUGCCAGAGGUUUGAUGGUGGGAAUUGAGUACACUUGCUUGAUCGCCGGUUACAUGUUGUCAUGCUGGGUCGACUACGGAUUUCACUUCAUGCUUCCGGAUCACAUGUCUUGGCAAGGACCCUUCAUCAUUCAAAUCCUUCUCUCCUUCAUACUUAUCGUCAUGUCUUUCUUCCUCCCGGAGACUCCUCGAUGGCUUGCAAAGAACGGAUUCAUGAAAGAAAGUCUCCAAACAGUUGCAGAUUUGCACUCGGAUGGCGACAUCAACGCAGAACAUGUUCAGCAGGUCUUCCUCGAGAUCCAGGAAGCCGUUGUGUACGAGUCAGAGCUUGGAAAGUCGAGCUGGAAGGAAAUGUUCACUCGCUACCGCAAGCGUACAAUCGUCGGCAUCACAGUUCAAAUGUUCGCCCAACUCAACGGAAUCAAUAUCAUCUCUUUCUACCUCCCCAGCACACUCGCCUCCGCCGGAUUUGACGACAAGAAAUCGCUUCUCUACACCGCCGCCAAUGCCAUUCCUUACACCGCAGCAACCGUCGUAACAUGGUGGCUCGCCGAUCGUUGGGGCCGAAAGCCACUUCUUCUCCUCGGUGGUGUCGCGAUGGCUGUCCUACUUGCCAUUGUUUGUGUGUUCACUGAGGCCGAUAUGGGUGUUACGACCAGAGCCAAUGGGCAGUAUGCAUUCAUUAUGCUGUACAACAUUGUCUACGGGUUCACUUGGGGUCCGAUGCCGUGGCUUUUACCUGCGGAAAUCUUUCCGUUGCGUGGACGCUCGAAGGGUAUGGCGCUCGCUACUACUUCCAACUGGAUCUUCAACUUCAUCAUCGGCAUGGUCUCACCAGAUGCGUUCGCUGGUAUUGGCGGAUAUUUCUAUAUUGUUAUUGCGGGCUUCUGUCUUUUUUCGGCCGGUCUGAGUCACUUCUACUACGUUGAAACUGCCGGAUGUACCCUUGAGGAGAUUGCGGUCGCGUUCGGAGACAAGGCGUUCGCAGAUAGCGAUGAGGAGGUCAUCGAGAGUGCGACGGUUGGAGCUGAGAAGACGCAUUUCAACGCCUGA